CACAGCCCCUGCUUGUCCUGCUGCUCCUGCUCUCCUGCCCAUGGGCCAAUGCCAGUGCUCUGCAGAGUCAGAUUGUGGGGGGCCACGAGGCUGAGCCCCAUGCCCACCCUUACAUGGCAUACCUGAAGCUGGGGAUGUCAGCAUGUGGGGGGUUCCUGGUGGCCCCUGACUGGGUGAUGACUGCUGCACACUGCCGUCUGGGGAAUGCCACGGUCAUCCUGGGGGCUCACAACAUCCUGGAACCAGAAAGGACCCAGCAGGUCCGAGGAGUCCUCAGAUACCACAUGCACCCUGAAUACAACCCUGAAACUGUGUCUAAUGACAUCAUGUUACUCAAGCUGACAACAAAAGCCACUCUCAAUGACUAUGUGCAGACCAUUCCACUGCCCAAGACCAGCAGUGACCUCCCCACGGGCACCAAGUGCAGCAUUGCUGGCUGGGGGCUGAUCGAUGACGACCGGGCAACCAACAAGCUCUUUGAAACCAAAGUCUCCAUCUACAGCCGCAGGAAAUGCAUCCACUUCUACCCACACCUCAGCACGGGCAUGGUCUGUGCUGGCAGCUUCCACGAGCUGAGGGAUUCCAGCCAGGGAGAUUCUGGUGGGCCCCUGGUGUGCAAUAAGGUGGCACAAGGCAUCGUUUCCUUUGGGUACGACAGCCCCCCGGGGGUCUACACACGCAUCUCCCACUACCUGCCCUGGAUCCACAAAAUCAUGAAGAAGUAGCAGUGGUAACACUGGUUCCAGCACUGGUGCAGCUCUGGAGACUGCACUGGUUUCCUCCCUGCCCCUGGUGAAGGCUUCAUUUCCUCCUCUCUCCUCGGGAACCUGAGUGAUGGGGACACACCGGGGUCCCCCCAGUUCUGCUCGGAGGCUGAGGCUGUCCCAGUCUCUGCCCAUCUCAGGUCCAAGGCUGUGUUAAGUGGCCCUGGCAGAACCCGGGAUGGUCCCAGCUGGCACUAGGAAGCAGCUGUGCUACAGCAGUCCCUGUUUCCUUCAGGGAUAACCCUGUCCCUGCUUGAACCUUGCUGCACUUCAAACACCCUCAGUAAAGUCAAAGCUGCA